AUGUGUCACACCAGCUGCUCCUCAGGCUGCCAACCAUCCUGCUGUGUGUCCAGCCCCUGCCAGACAUCCUGCUGUGUGUCCAGCCCCUGCCAGCCAUCCUGCUGCAUGUCCAGCCCCUGCCAGCCAUCCUGCUGUGUGUCCAGCCUCUGCCAGCCAUCCUGCUGCGUGUCCAGCCCCUGCCAGACAUCUUGCUGCAGGCCUGCUAUAUGCAUUCCCAUUAGAUACCAGGUGGUCUGCUGUGUGCCCGUGAGCUGCAGGCCCACUGUGUGCAUGGCCCCCUCAUGCCAGUCCUCUGUGUGUGUGCCUGUGAGCUGCAGGCCUGUCUGUGUGACCUCCUCCUGCCAGUCAUCAGGGUGCUGCCAGCCCUCCUGCCCCACCCUGGUCUGCAGACCUGUCACCUGUAGCACCCCCUCCUGCUGCUGAGCAGUGU